GUGUGCUCCGUGUUUUUCUGUUUGGUACCGGAAGACACGUGUGGCCGCUGUGCAGGUCUGGCGAGGGCUCCCGUGCUGCUGCUGGGUUACAGAAAUAAAGCCGGAGCAUCAUGGAGCCGGUGCUGAACCUGAACAAUGAGAUCAGUGGUUGCUUUCAUAUAUCACCAAGAAGGCACAAGAAGCAGAACGUUCAUGGUGAAAGUAUCAACAGUAGUGAAGAUGCGGAAAGAUGUGAAGAGGGUGAAAGUUCUAACUAUUCGCAAGCUUACUCGCCACAUUGCAAAACUUAAGUCGAAAAAGGGGACAGAAGAACUAAAGCUAAAGAAUCAGAGAAGGGCACAGCGACUUCUUGAAGAAAUUCACACUAUUAAGGCACUGAAACCAGAUGAUGUGACAAAAACUGCUUUGCGAAAAGAAAUAAACUUUGAUAAAGUGUUUAACAAGGCAGACAGUACUGCCGAAACCCGAGCAAUAACCAGACUUGCCACAAACCCGGUGCUGAAACAGAAAAUAUCUGCUAUCAAAGACGCUAUAAAGGCUUUCAAAGAGGCCAGAAAAAACCUUGUAGAAGGAAAGGGUGAAGAGGGACAAACACCUAAGGCAUCAAAACCUGUACAAAAUGUGAGCGCACGGGCAGCCAACAAAUGUAAGCAAGAGACCGCAGAGCUGGACCAAACAGCAGAGGAAACCAACAAAAAACAGGACAGUUUGGACAAUAUAGACAUAUUAGGUAAAGUACCAGAUUUCAUUGAUAGGGUUCCGAGUCAUGAGGAAAAUGACAGGCAUUCCCAGAAGACUGCACUAGAAAAGCUUUCACAGACUGCCCAAGAGGUUAGUACUAAAGAGAAUACUAUAGAAAGUGUAGCAGAAAAGAAAUCCUUCAAAAAGAGAUGUGAAAUGAAAGCCUUAGAAAUUAUCUCUGAAAAGAAAGCAGUAGAAGGUAUCUGUGAGAAGAAAGACUCCUCUGUACAGGUCAGCGAUAUUGGAGACUCUGACAAAGAAGCUAAGGAAUAUUUUGAUUGCGUAAAGAAAAGGUUUUACCAGGAGCUCUCUGAUUCUGACGACAGUGAUAUUGACAGCGAGGAUAACUCUUCUAUUGAAAAAGCAGACCGCACUGCUGAAACUCGAGCUAAGGCCAGACAAGCCAUAAACCAGUUGCAAAAAAAGAAAUCUGCUCUCAAAGACCUUAUCAGAAGUGUCAUAACAAAACUCGACACAUUAGAUACAGUACCAGAUUUUGUUGAUAGAAUUCCGAGUCAUGAGGAAGGUGAUCCUCAGGAGGCUGCGCUAGAAAAGCUUUCACAGACUGCCCAAGAGGUUAGCACUGAAGAGAAAUCUGCGGAUAGUGUACCAGAAAAGAAACCAUUCAAAAAGCGAUGUGAAAAGAAAGCUGUAGAAGGUAUCUCGGGAAAGGAAGCUGUAGAAGGUAUCUCGGGAAAGGAAGCUGUAGAAGGUAUCUCGGGAAAGGAAGCUGUAGAAGGUAUCUGUGGAAAGAAAGCUGUAGAAGGUAUCUCUGGAAAGGAAGCUGUAGAAGGUAUCUCCGGAAAGGAAGCUGUAGAAGGUAUCUCGGGAAAGGAAGCUGUAGAAGGUAUCUCGGGAAAGGAAGCUGUAGAAGGUAUCUGUGGAAAGAAAGCUGUAGAAGGUAUCUCUGGAAAGAAAGCUGUAGAAGGUAUCUCGGGAAAGGAAGCUGUAAAAGGUAUCUGUGGAAAGAAAGCCACCUCUGUACAGGAAAAUGAUUCCAGCGAUAUUGAAGACUCUGACAAAGAGGAUAAGGAAUAUUUUGACGAUAGCACAGAGGAAAGGUUUUACAAGCAACCCUCUGAUUUUGAUGACAGUGAUAGUGACAGUGAGGAUGACUUUUUUAUCGGAAAAGUAAGACAAACCAAGAAAAAGAAGUCAAAUAAAAUUUGUUCUGACAGGAAAAUUAAAACAGAGGAAGUACAGCCGAAAAGCACCAAAUCCACAGCCAGCUGUACAGUACAGCAGAAAGGGAAGGCCGCACCUAAGACUGUAAAACUAGAAUCCGUCUUUUGCAAAUCGUUAUCUGAAACAAAACCAAAGUCACCCUAUAUGAAGAGAGCCGCUGUUGCAAAUGCUCCCAGCUAUAGAGAAAGCCAAGUAGCACCGAAGAUGGUCAGCAGAGGACCUGGAUACUUAGAGAGUAAAUCACCACCUGUCAGAAAUAAGAAGUCUGCUGUUCCACAGUCCAGAAAUAUGAUACGGAAACAUCAACCUGUCAGAGGGGCAGUUGUGAAGCCCCAGGGUAAUUUGCAAGAGCAGACUCUUCACCCUUCAUGGGAGGCCAGCAGAAAACGCAAAGCACAGUCGCAGAUUGCUGUAUUCCAAGGGAAAAAGAUAGUGUUUGAUGAUUAACUGGAUCGUAGUCUGUACCUCUUUUAAACAAAUGGACAGCACAUUCCUGUUUAGGUGUUUUAUGGCAAUAAAAUAAUUCUGGAAAGGUC